AUGGACUUCACCAUCCGCGCAGCCAACGUGGACGACUGCAAGGACAUCGCACGUAUGAUCACGGAAUUGGCGGAAUAUGAGAAAGUCAUAGACCACGUCAAAGUCACACAAAGAGAUUUGGAACAAGAUGGCUUCUCCAAAAACCCGUUCUUCCAUGGGAUCAUUGUCGAAGUGCCCGAGCAGCACAAAACCAAAGAAGGCCAUACCAAGGUGGGAUACGCACUUUAUUUCUUCUCCUACAGCUCAUGGAAGGGAAGAUCUGUUUUUAUGGAAGAUCUUUAUGUGAUGCCUGAAUUUAGAGGGAAGGGCAUUGGCAAGGCGCUGAUGAGCAAAGUCGCCCAGCUGGGCAUGGCGGCCGGCUGUCAGCAGCUGAACUUCACUGUGUUGGACUGGAACAAGUCUUCUCUGGACUUUUACUUCAGUCAGGGCUGCACGGAUACCACCGCGGAGAUGGGAUACCACUACAUGACCUGCGCCCUCUCGCGGCCGCUGCAGGUGCGUGUUUGCGUGGCGAUGGAGCAGAGAGAGCAGAGCAGACUCAGCUCCGGGUUUCAUGCUCAUUUGGACUUUUACAGCAGCUGCACGCGCUCACCACAGCAUCACACGAGCCCGCUCCAAGUGCGUGCAGUGACCCCCGGGUGCUGUAAAGGAAGAGCAGAGCUGCGGCGGCUGAGCGUCAGGACGAGGAUGCAACAGUUGCACCGCGCUCUCCCCGCGCGUCCCCUGCUCCUGGACAUGGCUCUGCCACGGACGGCGUGA